AUCUGCUUAAAAACAAUCCGGAAGACGACAGAACAUGUCGGAACUGCUGGAGUAUCUUAAAGUCUACAAGGUUUAAACAAAUACAGAUAUUUUAGAUUUAUUUUAACGCAGUUACAUUGCCAAAGAGACAGUACACAGUAAUGUGUGUUAUCGUCAAUUGUAUGUAAUUCAAGAAUCCAAAGUGUAGCCUAGCUUCGUGUUUUUGAGCCAACAUUGUUUAAAAAAACUGCCAGUUUCAGAUAAUAAACAACAUACAAAGACAUGGGCAAUGGAAUGAAUAAGGUUGUUGACGGCCUCUACCUUGGGAAUAUAAGAGAUGCAGAAAACCACCAAAGCCUGUCACAGAAUGGCAUCACCCAUAUUCUGUCUGUGUAUAACAACGCUAGACCUGUGUUUGAGGACAAGACCUACCUUUGUAUUCAUGCAGCGGAUGCCUCCAGCGAGAACCUGUUGCAACAUUUUAAAGAGUGCAUCCGCUUCAUCCAUGAAUGUCGACUGAAUGGAGGAGCGUGUCUUGUUCACUGCCUUGCAGGUGUCUCGCGCAGCACCACCAUGGUGGUGGCCUACCUGAUGACCGUCACCCACUACAGCUGGGAGGAGUGUCUCACUGCAGUCAAGGCCGUGCGCUCCUUUGUUGGCCCCAACUGUGGUUUCCAGCAGCAGCUGCAGGAGUACCAGACAAAGCAAGUUUCAGAGUAUCGAGCAUGGCUGCAGUCCAGUUUCCAACCCAGUCCGUUUAAUGACCCGGAGCAGGUGGGCGCCCUGCUGAUCCAGUACACAGAGCAACAGGAAACCCAGAGGCGAGGUGGAGACCAGCGCUGGAUAAAACAAGACAUGGACACUUGCUCUCUGCCGUCAACUCAUCCUGAAGACAGCAGCUAAAACAUGAAGUCAAAAUACUUAAUUUAUACUUCACGCUAAUCCCUCUUGCAAUGGGUUGAUUCUGAUGCAGGCUGUACAUACCUCACCCCUAGUACCUCCUUGGUUUCUUCACCGAGCCCAUCAGUGCUCAGACGCCUUACUCUGAAAUGCCUCAGCACUUUAGCCAUGAUGACAUCACCUGUGCUUCCAUGCGGAUCCUGUCAAACUGUUGCAAUAUGCUCAGCAGCCUUAAAGAUGUGCCAUCGGUGCACACUAGGUGAACAAUUGGUGUCUGUGGACUGCUGCUUUACUGAUUUUGGUGUAAAUUACCCUAUUUACCCGGAUAUAAGAUGGUACUUUUUCUCUUUGAAAACAUUUACAAAAAACAGGUCAACUUAUGGUUGUGGUGUAGAGAUUUAUACAUGCAAACCAACAGGCUGCAGUGUCUGCAGAGCACUGCACCAACCACACAAAGGGAGAGAGCGGAGCAGGGAAAACACAGAGGAGCUACAGUAUGAUGCUCAUUUUAAGGUAAUGGUCACCACUGAGGAGCUAAGAAAUAUGAUGAAUGAAAUGCGUACGAUAUUGAAAACGUAAUUUUGAAAUAAGAUUUUGUCUUAAUUUUUUUUUUUCCGAAAACAGGUCAUGAAGAUAACCGAGCCUCUUACCUAUUACCUAUUCAGGUAAUACGAUAUCCGGGUCAAUAUGGUAAUCAGAAAUGACACACUAGAUAUAAUGCUGUUUUUGGAAAAUUAACGCACAUCUUCCUUCUAAGCAAAUCAUUAAAAUGUUGCUCUUUAAUGAAGGAUCCCUGAAGUCCAAACACUACAGUCUUCCUGAUUGUAAUGAAGCUCUAAUUUGAUCUUUUUUGGGUGUAAAGAUUUUUUGGUCUUUUACUUUUAUUAGUACAGUUAGUUGUUUUAAUUGCACAUUUUUUGUUCAUUCACUUUCUAUGCCGCUUGUCCUCACAAGGGUCAUGGGUGGACAUUUUUGUGUAUUUUAAUAAAAAUGCAAUCACUGACAAUUACAUCAUAAUGAUACAUGUGUACAUGAUGCUUACCAACACAAUAAAUGGAUGUUAUUGGAUUAUGAUAGUAUAUUAUUAUGGAUUCAGAUAAUAUAUAUUUAUACAUUUU